AUGUUUAUAAAUAUGUUCAUCAAAGGUGGUGCAUUUUGUUUGGGAAAUGUGAAAGAUUGGUUUGCACGUGUUGAAAUGCAACUGAGAGGAUCAUCUCAUGUUCAUGUGCCUCUUUGGGUAGAUAAGGCACCAAAAUAUAAGGGAAAGAAUAUGGAUGAAAAAACUAUUUCAGAGAUUAUAGAAUUCUGUGAUAAAUAUAUUACAACUAGAUUUCCAUCAAGAGAAGAAGAUGCUGAAUUACAUGAUAUAAUCAAAGAUGUUCAAACUCAUUCUCGUAAUCACUCGAAAUCACGUUUAAAAUUUCAUAAAACGAUUUGUCGAUUCGGUUUUCCUUCUGCAAUUUCUCGUCGAACACUUAUUUCUUUGCCAUAUUUAGUUGAAAAUGAGGCAAAAGUCGAACGAGUUAAGAUUGCUAAGAAAACAUUGAGAGAUAUGAAUAUUGAAUUGAAUGAACUAGAGAAAGAAAAAAUUUUGAAUUGGACAAACUUUGAUAGCCUUCUUGCUAAGCAUGGAUAG